UGUGCUCAUGGAUAACAUGAAACAUGUAUUAAAACUAAAUAAGUUAAUAAUGAAAUCACAACAGGAGUCUUGGGAUUUAGAGGAAAAACUGCUUGAUGUUAGAAAGAAGAGACUGCAAUUAAAACAAGCUUCAGAAAGUAAGCUUUUAGAAAUACAGACUGAAAAGAACAAACAGAAAGAUGAUUUGGACAAUAUGGAAAAUUCGGACAAGAUAAAGACCAUACAACAAAACCUACAGAAGGAGAUACAAAUUACUACAGUUAUUCAACAUGUGUUCCAGGGCCUCAUUUUGGGGAGUAAAGUCAAUUGGGCAGAGGAUUCUGCCUUUAAGGAAACUGUUCUGCAGCUUGAGAAGAAUCUCACCACAAUCUAAUAAUGUUUUGGCAUUUUGUGUUUUUGUCUUUGAUAUGUCAUUUAAAUAGCAAAUACCAAGUGAAAUGUAUUUGUGUUUUGGAACUAUUCUAAUACUGCAAUUUUUUUUUUU